UGAUGGUCAGAUAACUGCUCUAUAAAUACUUGUGACACACAAAUGUUUGCAUUUAGUCAGAUGAAGAUCAACAUAUGUACCGUAACUCACUUCAGUCUAUGUAUCACUGCUCAUAAUGGUUUCCAUCAUUGCUAAAGAUAUUUCAAGAGGACUGUUGCCUAUCAUCUGUGUUAUACUGUGUUUAACAUCCAAUGAGCAAACAGCAUCAGUGAGUCCAGUCUAUGCUUUAUAAAGACACCUACAUCUGUACCGGUGCUCAGUACUGGCUGUACUGUAACACAAGUGUGCAUGACUUUUUGUACUCAAUAUUUCGGAACCAAACCGAACACCGCUGCAUAAAUGAUGGCUGUGACUGUAUUGGUGAUCUGAACACAUGCACCAGUAAUACAUCCUCCUGCUUCUGCAGUAAUAAUACCAACAGCAUCACUCUCAGUCCAGCAGUUAGUCCUCGCUAUGACCAGUGUUGGACCACCUGUGUCUGCGCUCAAAAGAGAAACUCCAUCUGCUUCUGCACUAAUGACGUCAAUACAAUUACAACCGCAACGUCUCUAAGACCCACAACUCCAGGUCAUAAUACAACACCGACGGAUGAAUGCAGUACCCCAGGACGUUUGACAAACCUUCUUGACCAGAUAGAGAAGAUUACAGUACAACAUCUCCCUUUGAUCAACGUCACCAAUCUUUUGGACCUGGUCUUUCAUACUUCUGAGGAGAUUUUACACUCGUUGUCAAAUGAUUUGGAGACACUAGCGUCAACCGGAAACCGUGUGUUAAAAGUCAGUGAGAAGCUCGUCUCCAUGUUGGUGAAGCCAACAAGAACUUUUGGAAAUGUCAGCUUUACUCUUCAGUCUGUAGAGGCACAAGUCUUCAUGGUUGGAUCACGUGUCACCUUAUAUAAAAUCCCACAGCUUGACACAACAAAUGCAUCUGUGGACAUUGAUCUCACUGGGAUUGCCAAGAACAACAAUGGAAGUUCUGCUGUGGCGUUCAUGAGCUUUAACACAAUGGAGAAUCUACUGAAGGCAGAAUUCUUCAACACAUCAGAUGACACAUCAGUUAAAACCAUGAUGUCCACUGUCAUCUCAGCUACUCUUCCAAAAACCACCAACAUACAGCUCACAAAACCAGUCAACUUCACCCUCAAACACAUCCGAGAGCUUGUGUCUGGAGGGAGUGUGUGGUGUGUGUACUGGAACAUGACUGAGUGGACUGUAGAUGGUUGUUGUGUUUUAGACACAAACAGCAGCUACACUGUGUGUUCAUGUGUUCAUCUGUCAACAUUCGCUCUCAUCAUGCAAACCAGCAGCACACCAGCAGAGGAUGAUCAUCUGAUGGAAGUGUUGAAUUUGGUGGCUGUGUCGGUGGGUCUGGUGUUUAAUAGUUUGGCUCUGUUGACUUUUGCUUUCUGUCGAUGGAAACCUGGAGUGAACAAUGUGGCUCGAAUCAACCUCUGCAUCAGUCUGCUGUCGGCUCAUCUUCUGUUCUUCCUCACACAACACUUCCUCACACACAUCAGACCUCUUCAGGUGUUGUGUGGUGUGCUGUCAGGAUUUCUUCACUUUCUCUUUCUCUCCUGCUUUGUGUGGAUGUUCAUUGAAGCUGUGCUGCUCUACAUCUGCGUGAAGAACCUAUCACAGAUCAGCUCCAGACAGAGGGCGGUGCUUAGCAGCAGAUUCUUGAUUGUGAUUGGAUAUGUGAUUGCUCUGGUUAUAGUGGGCGUGUCUGUCGGAUUGGUUCCUGACGGCUAUGGCAGUGACAAAUGCUGGAUUAAAGUGGAGAAAGGCUUCAUCUGGAGUUUUCUGGGACCUGUUUGCUUCAUUCUUGCAAUAAACUCGAUUCUCUUCAUCAGAAUCAUCAUCAGUCUGAACUCAACUCUCACAAAGCAGAACGCUAAAGUUUCACGGAUGAAAGAAACCAAGAUUAUGGUUUUUAAAACACUGGCUCAGUUUGUGGUUCUUGGUUGUCCCUGGAUUCUGGGUUUCUUCACUAAAGACAGUAAGAUGAUGGAGAUUCUCUUCCUGAUCCUGAACUCACAGCAAGGAACCUUCAUCUUCCUGAUCUACUGUCUCCUCAAUAAUGAGGUCAGACAACAGUAUGUGAAUUGGAUAAAAGCUCUCUUCCCUGGACUCAAAACCAUAAAAAGUGCUCUCCAAAGAUACGGAGGACUAGACUAAAUGGAUGAGUUGUGCAAACCACAAAAGUAGGGUGACCAUUCAUGCCAGUUUCAUUCUUACCUUGAAAUAUACCGAUUGCUUUUCUGAAGUUAUUAACCUUGAUUAUGUAUGCAGUGGACAAAUGCGAGCUCCGGAGGACGCACCCGAAAUCCUGGCCAGGACGUGUCCUGGAAAAACGGCACGUACCCUACACAACAGCAGAAUCAAUGCUUUAAGAUGUACAUGCCAUAUAUUCUCCAUUCUGUGAUAAAUGUCUUGUUUUGCAGCUGUCAAUACUUGUGAUACUAUUUUUUCUGGGUGAUGGCACUUCAUGAACGUAUGC